AUGGGGUGGUGGCUACAUGGCGGUGUUUGGAUGAUGAUGACGACGACCAUCAUAUAUUUUGUUAAUGCUGGAGAUACCCUUUAUUACAACUGGAGGGUCACUUACGGCGACAUCACUACUCGACCUAGUUUGGUUCGAAGGGGAAUCCUAAUUAACGGAGAAUUUCCUGGACCGGAGAUUCGCUCACUCACCAAUGACAGUUUGGUCAUCCAUGUUCACAACGAUCUCGACGAGCCCUUUCUCUUAUCUUGGAAUGGAGUGCAUAUGAGGAAAAACUCUUACCAAGAUGGAGUGUUUGGUACGACUUGUCCUAUCCCACCGGGCAAGAAUUACACUUACAACUUUCAAGUUAAAGAUCAGAUCGGUAGUUACUACUACUUCCCUUCCCUAGACGUCCAAAAAGCGGCCGGCGGUUAUGGCAGCCUCCGUAUCUACAGCCUCCCUCACAUCCCCCUCCCUUUCCCUGAACCCGCUAGAGAUAUCACUCUACUCAUAGGCAAUUGGUAUCGACGUGACCAUAAGACUUUGAAGAAAAUUUUGGAUAAAGGACGCAAGUUAAAGACGACGCCCGAUGGGGUUUUGAUCAAUGGCCAAGGAUUAAGUUAUGUUUCUACUCUCACCGUCGAAGCAGGUAAAACGUACAGAUUCAGAAUAUCAAAUGUAGGGCUUCAAACGUGCCUAAAUUUCGAAAUAUUAGGUCAUCAGCUUAAGCUCAUAGAGGUCGAGGGAACCCACACAGUCCAAUCCGUGUACACCUCACUCGACAUUCAUGUUGGUCAAACUUACUCUGUCUUGGUCACCAUGGACCAACCUCCCCACAACUAUUCAAUUGUCGCCUCAACAAGGUUUAUCCACGUAGAACAUAGUAUGGGAGUCAAUCUCCACUACUCCAACUCCAAAGGCCUUAAAAUUAUCCAUGCUCGACGACCUGAAGUAGAUGACGUAGAAUGGUCUAUCAAACAAGCCCAGUCCAUUAGGACCAACCUAACUGCGUUCGGGCCAAGCACCGACCCUCAAGGCGAUAACCAUUAUGGUAAAAUGAAGAUUUCGAGGACUUUGAUAUUGGAAAGCUCAGCAGCCCUUGUGAAGAGAAGGCAACGCUAUGCCAUAAACGGCGUAUCAUUCGUGCCUGCGGAUACUCCGCUGAAGCUAGCGGAUUAUUUUAAGAUAAAAGAUGUUUUUAAAGUUGGAAGCAUCCCUGACAAGCCGAGAAGAGGAGGAGAGAUGAGGCUAGAUACAUCAGUGAUGGGAGCAGACCAUAAUGCUUUUAUUGAGAUCAUCUUCCAAAACCGCGAGAAGAUCGUCCAAAGUUACCACCUCGAUGGAUACAACUUUUGGGUUGUUGGGUAA